CUUCUUCUUCUUCUUCUUCUUCUAAUCCAUAUAUUGAUAUCAUUCCACAGUUCUACCAAACUAAUGGCAUUCUCAUACUUUGAGCAUCACCCAUCCCUUAUCGAUUGUGCCUAUCUUCCAUGCAUGCCCACUGAGAACUCCUUCCUCCCACAGCAAGUGGGAGACGUGACCAAUGCUUCCUCUUGCUUCCUCCACUGCUACUCAUCUGACGACAACCCACAGCUCCCAGGAGCUGACGCUAGAAACUUGGAUAGCAGCGACUCUGUUGACAUUGCUGUCUUACCGCCCCCUUCUGUUGUCGACCAAAUUAGCCACACGCCAAUGGUGGCCGAACCCAAUGAUGAGAAAGCCCCAAAACAACAAGUCUCUGGUGAAAAGAAGAGAAAGAUCGCUAAAGAUCAGACUAGCUUCAUCGCUGGUCGACCCAAGGAAGGCAACAUCAGCAAACACAGGCGUCCUCACGGUGGACUGAGGGAAUCAAACGACAAGAAUCUUAAAGCCGACGACGACAUGAAGACUCCAAAGCCCCGUGAGGAGAUUCCUGCAGGGUGUAUUCAUGUCAGAGCAAGGAGAGGUGAAGCGACAGAUAGCCACAGUCUUGCGGAAAGAGUCAGAAGGGAGAAGAUCAGUGAGAGGAUGAAGGUGCUGCAGAGCCUCGUUCCUGGCUGUGAGAAGGUUACCGGAAAGGCACUGAUGCUGGAUGAGAUAAUUAACUAUGUUCAAUCCUUGCAAAACCAAGUUGAGUUUCUCUCCAUGAAGCUUGCUUCUCUCAGCCCCAUGCUAUAUUUUGAUGCUAACUCCGAUGAUUACAUGAACGAAGCAGAGAGAGUAAUGAGAAGCACCCCACUGCAAGCGUCAUAUGUUGGCCAAACCAAUCACCUUCGAUCCGUAGCUUUGGAGGAUGGUACGAGUAAUUACCAUAUGAUGGGGCACUCUGCUCAUCUCUUCCUGCAGGGCCAAGGGACCACUUCCUUUCCUGAGAAUGGUAGCAGUUUUAUGGGCGAGCAAAGGCGAGGGUUCCUCAGCCAAGCAGAGGAUGUCAACACUUGUUCCUCCUUCCAGUAGAGGAAGAAGAAACCCGUGAUACUAUUUGUAAAACCAGUACACCUCUGUCAUAAUUCUGAUAUGUUAUGUCGAUCGGGUUGUAGUCCACCUCUAAGCGCGUUCAUGUAUUACCUCCGCAUGUACAUAGAUGAGGCUGAAAUGUUAUGUCCAUAGCGUUCUUGUCUUCUCACUUCUGUCGCGCAUUACCAGUGUGUGCACAGAUGAUAGAUAGAGACUGCAUGCUGUGGCCAAUGGCUGCUUAUUCGUUGCUGCAUCGGAAGAAAGGGUUAAGGUAGGGAGACAAAGAAGGAGCGACAAAAAUAAAGACCAUAUCUUCAAUGAAUCCUUACUGCCGGCCUUUCAUGUUGGUGGCAAAAUAGUAGGAACUGUGUUUUGCAGCAGUCUGCAAUUUUACAGUGUCGCGCAGGGCGAGAGACAGAGAGAGAGAGAGAGAGAGAUGACUAGCUGCAUGAAUCUUUCACCUUUGUAAAUAUGCUCCUUUUACUCGAAUUAGUAGCUUU